AGCUGCAUAUUCAAUAUACAUUUUCUUCUACAACAAACCCUCUAUUUUCUAUCUACUUUACAUGGUACGUAUUUCCAACAACUCCAUAUAAAGGAACCAAUCAUGAGAUGUUUUCAAACAUGGCAAUUCGUAUACUGAAAAGCAUUCUCUUCCAAACCCCAAGACCAAAACCCUCGACCUUCUCCACUUCUUCCUCACCAUCCAGUAGCUCCAGUAAUGGUGAAAUUCCAAUCUCAACUAUAGUUUCUGUCCUCACCCACCAACGCUCAAAAUCUCGCUGGAGUAACCUCCGAUCACUUUGUCCCAAUGGCUUCAAUCCGCAUCAGUUUUCUCAGAUCACCAUUCACUUGAAAAACAAUCCUCACCUAGUCAUUCGGUUCUUCAACUGGACCAAGCAAAAGUCCCUCUGCAACCAUGACCUCCUUUCCUAUUCAACUGUCAUUCAUAUUCUUGCCCGAGGCCGUCUCAAAAGCCAAGCCCUAGUUUUGAUUCAGGAAGCUUUCCGAGUUUCAGGGUCAGAAGGCGAGUCCCAUUCUAAGCCCUUGAAAGUUUUUGAGUCCCUUCUCAAGACCUACAAGCAAUGUGGGUCGGCACCCUUUGUGUUUGAUUUGCUAAUCAAAGCUUGUUUGGAAACCAAGAAGAUUGAUUCUUCGAUUAAGAUUGUGAGAAUGUUGUUAUCUCGCAAUAUUAGGCCCAAAUUCAGCACCUGCAAUUCUUUGAUUCGAAAUGUAUCGCAGUCUCGGGGAGCUCCUGAAGGUUACUUGAUUUACAAAGAGAUUUUUGGGUUAGAUUGUGAAAGUGUCGAAGAAAAGUUGAGAACAGUUUCUAGAGUUAAUCCCAACAUAGAGACCUUAAAUACUUUAAUGGUAGCUUUCUAUCAGGAUGGUAUGGUGGACAUGGUGAAGGAGAUUUGGGACCAAUUAGAGGAAUUGAAUUGCGACCCAAAUGGCUAUAGUUACAGUAUUUUGAUGUCAGCUUACUGUGAUGAAGAGAAAAUGGACGAAGCAGAAGCUUUGUGGGAUGAAAUGAGAGCACUAAACAUGGAGCCUGAUGUUAUGGCUUACAACACAAUAAUUGGUGGAUUUUGCAGAAUCGGAGAGAUUGAAAAAGCUGAAGAAUUUUACAGAGAAAUGGCAAUGAGUGGAGUAGAGAGCACUACUACCACACUAGAACAUAUAAUAAGUGGCUACAUAAAGGUGGGAAAUAUUGAUUCAGCUGUGUUUGUGUAUAAGGAUAUGCGUAGAAAAGACUUCAGGGCUGAGGCCUCAACAAUGGAUGCAUUGAUUAAGGGGCUUUGUGAUAAGAAUAGGGUGUUUGAGGCGUUGGAGAUUUUGAAAACUGCAGAGGGGCAUUUUGGUUUUUGUCCAACAAGGAAGAGUUUUGAGAUUUUGAUAACAGGGAUGUGUUUAGAAGGGAACAUGGAAGAGGCUCUAAGGCUUCAAGCGGAAAUGGUUUCGAAAGGGUUCAAACCGACUUAUGAGAUAUAUAGUGCUUUCAUUUCUGGUUACAGAAAACAAGGUAAUGUGGAAAUGGCAGAAUUGUUGAAGACUGAGAUGUUAGAUACUCGUGUGUUCGAGAAAGAGGAUUAGAUGAUUUUCGGCAUUUGACUACAGAAUUAGACUAAUCUGGUACUGCCCCAGGGAUUUUAGGUGGUAUCGUCAAAGUUGUUAAGGUUGGAAAAGUGGACCAUGGUGUCGAUUCUACUAAAAGUCCUAAAUCCACUUUUAAUCAAUUAGAGGGAAAGGAAUAUUUCUGAAGACUCCGCAUGCAAGCUCUACUUCAUAUGUAGAUCAUCAAGAAGCUGUGGAGCUUAAUAUAGGUCUUCUAAAAAGGUUCUGAAAGGGAACGCUUGUUUGGAGGCGGGACUGAUGAUUUUGUGCCUAGAGUUAGAACUCGUGAAGAAAUUAUGGCUAAAUAUGGAAAGACGGAGGAUGCUUCCUCCGCAGCUGCAAAUGCAAGAGAGAAGCUGGUAGAGUGGAAGGAAAAGUUUAAGGUAAUACAGUUGACUACGUUUAUAGUUUAUACAAAAUGUGAAUGGUUUGGAUAUAGUUUUUGUUUACACAUAGAUUGGUCGCCAAAUAAUGUAGAGAUCGAGAAAGAAAGGAAAAUACAUAAAUGAAAAGAUGAUCUAUUUGCUUCUGAUUUCAUUAAGAAGGCACUGAUUGGUGAUAGUGUGACUUGUUCUUGGUGGGGUGGUCAGGGGGUAUGUUUGAGUGGGUUUCCAUCGUAGAAGUAACCCCAUCUACUGAUUUUCAUGUUUUGCUUGUAUGCUUGGGAUAUAGUUGAAACUGACAUAAACCUAUAGUUAGCCAUUUUCUCCAACUGUUUCAACUACUUUUUUUUUUCUUAA